UUAGGGUUAGGUAUCAAAUUCGUGGUGUAUUUUAAAUGUUAAUAUACUUUUAUUUAUUUGGCAUGUAAAGCUAGAAUUUACUGUUACAUAACGUUUAACUCAGUUGUAAAUAAGAUUUAAAGUGUUUUCAAAGAAAUUUUAAAGUUGUAUUACAACAUGAUUUGACUAGAGAAAGUGAAUUGAGGUUGAACUUUGUCGUACUCGAGUUUUAUUACUUUUACUCUUAGUGUUAUUAUUAGUAUUAUUCUUAGCAAAGUUACAUUUACACUAUAUACACGCUAAAUUAGUACUCGAAGUACUGUAGUUUUGCUGUUACUGUUAGUAGUUGACUAACUAUUGAACGUCGAUAAUCAUAAGAAAUUUUCUUUUCAUUGUGAAAUAUUUUCUCUUGGAUGUAUCCGUUAUUAAUAUUAUUAAUCAAUAAUGUUAGGUAGAAAAUAUCUGUUUAUUUUAAUGUUCAAAUACGGUUUAUCGUAUCGUUUAUGACAACUCUACGUUUGCUUUUAUCCAACUAUGAAGUUAAGGUUGUGUACAAAUUCCGUUAACGAUUGAUAAUUUUAAGGAUGCUUUUGUCAGUUUUGAUUUAGAAUUCUACUACCACUAUUCUAAAAUAAAAUAAACACACAAAAACAACGGAAGUUAUUACUACACAAGAAGAAGGAAGGAUCUACUAUUAUUAAUGAUUGUCCAAGUGUGCUUUAAGCAAUUUUCGUCUACACCAACAAGGAUCUAGCUGUGUGGAAAAAAUUUGAACUUGAAGCAUGUUUUAGGGGAAAGCUAAGCAUAUAGUGACUCCAGUCAUUAUUAUUAGAUAAAUACCUUGAAUAUUUUGGUGCAUUGUGAAAUGGACUUAAGCUCAUUUCACAGUUCCAGUAUUCUACAUGGUAAUUGUGUUAUUCAAAUACCUCAUCAAAUUAAUGUAGAGUCCAUUAAAAAAGUAAUUUUAUUAGCAUUAAAAUAAUGGUCAUUUAAAAAAUUGUUUACAGUCUGUAGUUUUGUAUACAUUUUUUAUAAACAGUAAAUAAUUUGGAACUUACGCAUCUAUUUUUACACUACAUAAACAGAUGAAUAAUUUGGAACUGGUUAUUUCCAGAAAUUAAGAAUGGCCCUUUCAACUCUUCUUCCAAAUAAUGCAAUGAAUUUUACAGAAAAUCAGCAAGGGAAUGUACUUUUGGAACGAUUACGUUGUCAGCAAGAGUCUGGAAGGUUUUGUGAUGUAAUAUUGCAUGUUCAAGGCAAACAGUUUCUAGCUCACCGCAAUGUUCUCGCUGCUUGCAGUCCUUAUUUUGACUCGGUCUUAAAAAUGCAUAGAAUUGUGAAAGAACAGUUAACAGUAACAUGUCAGAAUCAAGGUGCAUUUCAAUCCUUGUUAAACUAUAUGUACACUGGAAAUGUAGUAAUUGAUAAAAGCAAUGUUAAUGAACUUUUGCGUCUUGCCAACCACUUUCUCGUUACAAGAGUAAAGAAUUACUGUGCUGAAUACCUUGAAAGGUAUUUAGAUAUAAGCAGUUGUUUAAAUGUUAAGGAACUUGGUGAGAAAUACAACAUGCCAAAUCUGGUAAAAACUGCUGUAAUAUUCAUCCAGAAUAAUAUGAAAGAUGUCUUGGAACAGCAAGAAAUUCUUGAAUAUCCUCGAAACAAAAUUGAGCAAUUUCUAUCUGACAAACAGUGGAACCUCCACCAAGAGUUUAUUUUAAAGUUCCUACCUAACUGGGUUAGCUAUGAUAUAGCACAUCGUGAGGGGGACUUAAGAGCUUUAUUGACAUUUGUGGCAUGGCGAACAAUUAAUGAGUGUGUGAUUUUAAGCCAUUUGGAUUCUACAGAUUUAUACAGAAGUAGCAAACGUUGUUUGUACUUUAUUCUGGAAAGCUUAGAAGAAAAUGAUAUUCGGUUUGAUCAGUACAAGAAUACUUAUGAGGAAUUGAAGACCCAAUAUGGGACAUCAGAAACAAAUCUGGAUAACGAAAGCUUUAUGAAUAUUGCAAUAUCCACUGCCAUCGAAGGUUUACAACAGUUGGCAGGAAAUGAAAACCAAGAAAUGGGACACGUGACAGUUUUACCCUUUGAAAAUAAUAAAGAAAAAACUUUAAAGUCAUCAGAUGAGAAUGGAGAAGUAUCAAAAGAUGAAAGGAGCCUAAUGGACAACAAUGAUGGGAAUAAGCAAGACUGUGAAACAAACUUUGCACAACGUGAAUGUGUUCAAGAAUCGGAGGGGAUUGGCCAACGUGUAAGAAGAACACCAAGAAAUUCUGUAAAGCUAUUUUAUGAUUCCCCAGAGGAGCUAGAGGAUAACAUAUUAACUAAUUCUCAUAAACGAAAACCUGGUCGUCCUAGGAAAAUCCAUCAGAAUCAGUCUAAGCCUCUAAUUAAAGUGAAUGUACCUAAACGGCCAAGGGGUAGACCCCCGAAGUAUGGAAGACUUGAAGUGUUGGUUAAUUCUGAUCCUACACAGAAGUUAGAUGAUGAAAAGGAGCAAGAUUUGAAAUAUGAAGAAGACCAGAGUCAUGAUAGUGACAGCAGUUGUGGAUCUCGUAAAAGACGGCAAGCUGCUCAACGAGUAUUGCAAAUGAAAUGGAAAGAUGGAGUGAAAUGUCCUUACUGUGUUUAUAUUUCUCGUGGAGCAAACCGUCUUGAGCAGCACAUGUCCACAGUCCAUGCCAAAGAUGUAACGUACAAGUGUGGCGUAUGUGAAUUCACCUGUAGCUGGAAUCGUGAGUAUUGGGACCACAUGAGGGCUCAUUACGAUGGCCCACCUUACAAGUGUGAGUCUUGUGAUUAUACCUGUGAGAGGAUACAGUUUCUGUUGACGCAUCGAAUGAAACAUACGGAUGAAAAACCAUUCCAGUGUGAAGAGUGUGGCUAUCGUUGUCGUACAAAGUGCAAUCUAAUUGCCCAUAAAAGAAGCCAUACUGGUGAGAAGCCUUAUAAAUGUGAGCACUGUGGCCGUUGCUUCAGUAUGAAAGGAUCCCUUGAUCAGCACAUGGCUACUCAUAGCAACAUCCGACCUUUUCUUUGCGACAUGUGUGGAUUUUCUACAAAAUACCAGUCACAUCUACAGCUUCAUCAGAAGAUACACACAGGUGAUGUUUUCCGUUGUGGUCAUCCCAAUUGUACGUACUUUACACCAAAGAAGAGUCAGUUGGCUGCUCAUGCCCGAACCCAUACUGCAGAACGAUCUCACAUCUGUGCUGUUUGUGGACGUGCCUUCAUAGAAAAGAGUCAUCUUGUACGACACGAACGUAUUCAUUUGAGUGAUAAACCUUAUAAAUGUGACCAGUGUGAAUAUAGUAGUACAAGGCGAGAUAAACUUAAAGAGCAUGUUGAAAAACAUCACAGUGCAAAUGCUACUGCAAAAACUCCUUUUAAACCUAGACGACCUCGUCGCCAGACAUACGAUCCAGCUUGUUUUCCAAAUCUAGAUUUACAGGUUGCACAAGCAACACGUGUUGUCAAUGAAGUACUCGCUGACACAUCUCACCACAGCUCAGAACAAGAACCGGCAUCUUGUCAGUAUCCUUAUGGCACAGAAGUUUGCCCAGAACCCUCGACCAGAGUUCUUGUAGUGCAGAGCCCUCCUGAAGGUGUUCCAGUGUCAGUGCACCACCAGCAAGUGUCCAUGGUAGACCCACUCCCACAACAUAGCCAUCCUGGUCAUCACCCCCAAGUCAUGUAUGUGGAAUCAAGAAUGAUGCCACCAAACCAACAUGCAAACGUCAGUGUGCUACCUGCCAAUAUUCAUCACCAGCAUCAUGCUCCAUCUCAUCAUCAUCACGCUCCUCCUCCAAGACCUCCUGUCUCCACAGGUCACAAUCCGGGAGAUGGAGGAGGAAACUAUCCUCAUCCACAAGACCUUGGAGGUCUUGGGGCCUUUAUGGCUUUGUUCUGAUGUAGCAUAGGUUAAAUGUUUCUUUUUGUUGUUGUUUUUAUAAGGAAAAAAAGUGCCAUCUCCUGUGACUUUGCAACAAGAAGAUAUAAUGGAUUACUAUUAUUGUUUUUUUUUUUUGCUCUCUCUGCCAAACCUAAUACAAUGUGCUGUCUGAAGUGUUACUUGUGGAUUAUAUGGUUUUUAAUCUUGAGCUAUUCAUUUUGCACAUUUGCUUGUGUCUGUGGUAUAAGAACUGAUUUUAAUGUAGUACAUUUUAUCACUAAAGCAAAAGUUGCAUCUGAUGCUGUUUUCAUUGAAGUAGACAUAAUCAGCAACUAAUAUUAUCACAAAAGUUUAAUUUUUGUGAAUGCAUUAAGUACUUGUACAGUAAAACUGUUUGAAAGAGUGGUGUGUAAAUUAGUUGGUAGCUUUUUUUUAUGUGUAUAUGACAUGGUUCAGCAUAUAUUACAGUUUCGUAUCCAAUUCAAUAAAACUUCAUCUCCAGAAGUUUUCAUCACCUCUGUGAGAACAGAAUGUGUGUAUUUGGAUGGUCGUGCAAACAUGGUCCAAGCAAGUGCACUACAGAAGUAAUAAGUGUAUUAGUGUUGCCUAUAACAGUCAACAUCUUAACUGUUACACUAGCAGUUUCCAUAGUGAAAUAGAGUAUAGUUCAGUUUGCAGACUGAUCUGUUAUUUGAUAAGUGUGUCAUGCCCAUAUUUCAGUGAUUUACAGUUUUUUUUAGCAAGUCUAGUGAUCAAACUAAAUCUUUCAGAAGCACAAAUAUAAUUUUAAUGAUUUAGCUGUACCAAGGUAUGUACUGAUGUUAUGAAGUUUAUUAAAAUAGUGAAAUACGUAUUGAUUUGAAAGUUACUCGUGUGAGUUACGAGAUUGUGUGAUGGGGCAUCCACUGCUUCAUAGGACUCUAAAGCAAUAUCUUAAACUUAUAAGAUAUCUAGUGACUUUAAUUGUUCAUAUUCUAAUUUUUUGUAUUUCAUUAAUGCUCUGUUUUGGCACAGCAAAUAACAAGUUGUUUCAUUUGUUUCAGACUACAUUCUUUGUAGCUAAAGUUGGCUAUGAUAAUGGAAGAUGAGUAAUGCAUUAUACUGUGAUAUUGCAAGAGCAAAAUGAGCUGGAGAUUUAAAAAAGCAGUGAAAGAUAAAUGUACAUGGAAGUGUGGUAAAAUCCUACCUACAUUAAGAUCUGUUCAAACAUCAAACUGAUUCUUCUAUAACUGUGUUUCUCAACCUUUUUUUUGCCACAGCAAACAGUGAGUACUCAUGCCCCCUUCUAAUAAAUUUUUAGGCCAUUAAAAUAUUUUACUAAAAUGAAAAUUGUAAGACGAUAAUAGUCAAUUAUUAUGGUUUAAUUCUAACAAAUAUAACUUUUGAAACCCUCAAAACUCUUCUGUCUGCUCCUUCCCUCUGAAUUUUAAAAACGUCCACUAGAGGGCAGUACCGCUCAGGUUGGGAAACACUGUUCUACAAGAUAAAGAUGUUUACCAAAUUUUCUAGGCUUUGAUAACUGGCUAACUGUUUUAACAUUCCUUCUCUACAUCAACUGGUGGUAGUCGCAAAUAAGAUUAAAAUUUGAAUCAGUGUGGAGCCUGAUUGGCCAAUGAUGUAGAAAGUUCUACAAUUUGAAUCAGUGUGAAGCCUGAUUGGCCAAUGAUGUAGAAAGUUGUUUAAAAAAGUACACAUAAGCCACUGCAGGGCAAGUUCUUUUGUCUUGGUUUCUGUUUUUUAUGGGUUUUUUUUUACAAUAUUAUCUAGUUUUAUAUGUUGUAACACUGGACAGGUUCAUAAAUUACAAUUUGGUUUUCAGUGAGAUACAACAAUUUGGAAACUUGUGGCCAAAUGACUUUCAUGUUUUAAUUGAAGGAGACAGGUUCUGGUGACCUGGUUUAUAUUCAUUUGGAACUUUCUUUGGAAACAGUUACAUGUAAUAACAUACAUUAAACUACUAACUGCUAUUGAUGAUUUGUUUUGUUUUUUUUUACUACUGAUCAUUGUACAGAUUCAGUGCCUUCAAUUAUUAACUGCUAAACAUUUCCAAUUAAACUGUUUUAUUGUAGUUAAAUAUAACAGUGUAUUUCAUAUUCUUUGUAGAAUAAUUUGUGCAGUUUAUCGAGUAGAAUAUGAAUACAUAGUUUAAGAAUGUAACAUGACAUUUGAAGUAAUAUAAACAAUGUAUCUGUGUAUUCUGUUAUUAUAACAAUAUGCACAUUAUUUUGUACAGUUUAUUUUUUUGUAUAAUUUGGUGUUUUUCAGUACGUGUGUUUUUAAUUAUAUAUAUAUUUCAGAAAAAUAUAGUUCUCCAUAAAAAAACAAAUUAAGUAAAAGUUAAGUUCAGAAGAGACGUAUAAUAAGUUAUUUAACAUGUUUGCAAGAAUAUUUUUAAUUGAAAAUAAAACUUAUUUGCAAGCUUUAUUAUGACAAUUGAAACUUCUGUUUUCAAUAUGAUUCAAUGAAAAUCCCAGUAGAUGAUCUUAUAACUAUUUCAGUGAUGAUAUGGCUGUGUUUUGGAGCACAUUUUUCAAGUACAUAUUCAUACACUUGUGAAAAAACAAAGAAUGAAUGACCUGAGAUGACAGUAAUUCUCAGUCUUUAUAUGUAUUCAUGUAUUUUGGCAAAAGAAUAAAAUUUUAAGUGAAAA